CGGAAACACGGAGCCGCUAUCACCAAACACUUCGGAACACUCUCCCACGCACUUCUCCAUGCGUUCUCCCACGUACUCUUCUUCAACAUCUCUCAUCUCUCCCUCCAUAACCCUAACCAUGCUAAAUUUUUAACCCUAGUUAAAUCCCUCACCUCUUCAGUCCUCACUCCAUCUAUAAAUCACCCUACCUUCCUUCUCUUCCGUAUCCAUUAUUACCAUCUAUCUAUCUGUAAAUUCUAAAUCUAUCGUUUCUUGCUUCUCAAGCAACUUAUUAUUGUUUCUUUUUAGAUAGAUUAACAUUGAGGGCGGCGAUCGAGCUGAUUAAGCUGGGCGGUGAUUGUUAGUUAUUAGAUGCGGCGAUGAGUUGCAACGGCUGCCGGAUUCUCCGAAAGGGUUGCAAUGAGAAUUGCAUACUGAGAGAAAGCCUCCAGGGCAUUAUAACUCCUCAAGCUCAAGCUAAUGCGACUCUCUUCGUCGCUAAAUUCUUCGGCCGUGCCGGGCUGAUGUCGUUCCUCUCCUCCGUCCCCGCCUCCCAGAGACCAGCGUUGUUCCAAUCGCUGCUAUUUGAAGCUUGUGGACGGACGGUGAACCCGGUGCACGGAGCGGUGGGACUGCUGUGGACAGGGAACUGGCACCUGUGCCAGACGGCGGUGGAGACGGUGUUGCGAGGCGGAGUAUUGCACGCGCCGCCGUCGGAUGAGUCGGCGGCAUCGGAGGAGGAGGAGACCGACGAUACGAAAUUGUUCCAUCCGCAAGAAGCGAGUGUAAGAGCGGUGAUUGACGAUCUAGAUCUGGGGCUUAGGACAGGGAUGCCGCCGGCGAGGAUGUCCAGUGAAGGGAAAGUAAACCGGCAAACGGCGAGGAGGAGUCGGAGGAGCGGAACGCCGUCGGGGGAGUCGGAAAUCACCACUUCAGAGAGCAGUUAUGCGUACCAGCAGCAAGGAAACGACGUUAAGCUUCUCAGACUCUUCCUCUGAAACACUACGGAGUAUAAAAUAUAUAGCUAUGAAAUUUUGUGGUUUUUUUUUCGACUUUUAUUCUUAUUUUAAAAUAUAAUUAAACCUUAGAAAAUCAACUCCGAAGUUGAUAUU